UUUUGUUUAUUUUGAUUGUUGAUAAACUUAUUCCUUGAAGAAGUUCCAUCCAUAAUUUUAUUAUUUAGUGAAUUAUGUUGUUGUAAUUUAAGUAAAAAUUUACAAAAUGGAAAGUUAUAUUGUUAUUUCAUUUGUUGGAGAGGGAUCAUUUGGUCGCGUUUUCAAAGCUAAACAUAAAGACACUGAUGCUGUUGUAGCUUUAAAAGUUAUACGAAAGAAAGGCAGAUCAUCGAAAGAUUUGAAGAAUUUGAGACAAGAAUGCGAUAUACAAAGGCAGUUAAAUCAUCCAAAUAUAAUUCGUAUGAUUGAUAGUUUUGACACGGAAUCCGAGUUAGUUGUUGUUACAGAGUAUGCUGAAAAAGAAUUGCAUGGUAUACUUGCUAAGGAAGGUUGUUUAAAUGAAGACCUUGUUAAAAAAAUUACUUGGGAUUUAGUGUCUGCAUUGUAUUAUUUACAUUCUCACAGAGUUCUACACAGGGACUUAAAGCCACAAAAUGUACUGUUGGAUAUGUCAGGCCGAGCAAAGCUUUGUGAUUUUGGACUUGCUCGUAUAAUGACUAACACAACUCAUAUUCUUACUUCAAUUAAAGGAACACCAUUGUAUAUGGCCCCUGAAUUAAUAGACGAGAAACCUUAUGACCACCAGGCUGAUCUAUGGUCACUUGGGUGCAUUGUGUAUGAAUUAAUGGCUGGUCAGCCUCCAUUCUGUACAAUGUCCAUCUGGCAACUAGUAAGAAUGAUCAGACACAAACCAGUGCAAUGGCCCAGUUUCAUCAGUCCCGAAGCAAGAUCAUUUUUACAGGGCCUGUUACACAAAGACCCAGUGAAAAGAAUGAGUUGGCCGGAAAUAUUAGAACAUCCUUUCAUAGCUGGACAUGUUCUCAUUCUACCAGAAGACAAACAAAGUGACUCACCAUUCACUAAACCUUUGUCAUGCAGCCAACAAGAAGCUAAAUUCCUGCAGACGGAGAAAAUUUGUAAAAACACAAAACUGGCUAACAAAAAUAUGAAAGCAGAAAGCGAAAUUAAAACUGAAUCUAGAGAACAUGAUUUAAGGAAUGUACGUGGUGUGAUGCAAGCGAUGGAGUUUGUCCCAAUGUCAGAUGAUGACAGUAUCAGAGCAACUAGUGCGUUUAGUGUACGAGACAGCUUAAAAACAGACGAUGAGGACCAAUCACAGCCAAUAACAGCAGCAAAUGCUAAAUUAUUAAGGCAUGAAUUUAACAUCAUGAAUAAUUCUAACCUAGUUGUUUGUAAUCUCGAAAAGAAUCUGGCACAACUAAUGUGUAGUCCUAAAAACGAUUUAAAUAAAAUGCAUAAAAUUGAUGAAGAAAAGCAAGACAUUCAAAAAGAUACUGUUAAUGAAAUUGAAAUUGAGUCUCCCAGUGAGAAUCAAGAUGUGGAUACAAAGCAAAAGUCAAAAACUUCCGACACUGCGUCACAAAGUUUGGAAAAUCCGAAAAGUUCAACAAAAUGCAGCAGCGACGUUAGUUCUGGUUUGAGCAGAAGUGUUCCUCCAUCAUACAAGCAGAAGAUAUUACAAUUUUCAAGGGAUAAACUAAGGUUCGCCAGUGGUGGUAAUCGGUUAACAAGGAGUAUUAAAAGAUCAUUCCACUUCAGUAGAAGCUUAGACAAAAAUAAGGAUAGCCAAAGACGGACCAGUGAACCUGCUAUAGAAAUUUCUAGUAAUAUUGAGAAGAAAGUUACAGAUAAAAUCAAAUAUUCCAAGGAAGAUAAGGAUGAGGAUAUAGAAAAGUGUGAAAUUAUUGAUGACACUCCUGAUGAUAAAAACAUGGCAAAUAAUGAUUGUAUUGUAAAAAAAGAGGAAAAACAAGAAGAAAAGGAGCCAUCAAGUAUAGAAUUGGAGGAGUGGGAGGCAUUCCUGAACUCUAAUAUUACUGAAGUAAUGGAAGGAGAUGUUGAGUCACUAACUCAACUGAAUAUGGUGAGCAUGGUGGUGGGCGUGGUGUGCGUGGCGGCGCGGGGCGCGGGCGGCGCGCGCGUGUGCGGCGCCGUGGCCGCGCUGCUCGCACUGCCCGCACUCUCGCACGCACUGCCGCGGCACACACUGCUCAACAUGCAGGACGUUUACCUCGAAGCGAAAGUUGUUUACAACUUUGUGGCAGCAAUAAACACGCUAAUGAAAGACAGCAGAAAUAUCGACGAAGGAGCCGAAGAAAGAGUGCAAGGCGUGGGCCGCAUGGUGGAGGUGUGCGCGUGGCUGUGCGUGCGCUCGUGCCGCGCCGUGCGCCAGUUCGCGACGGCCGUCGCCGCGUACGGCGCGCACCCCGUGUUCACGGACCUUCUCGCAUUGUACGCUAAAACGCCUCGAAUAGGACUGAAUAUAAUUGGUAUUCUAAUAACAGUCCUACAAGAUCUACCCGAACACGCCGACGUGGUAGAGAAGAUAUUAUUCGACGAUAAAAAUUUCAAUUUCAUGAAGCUUCUGGAACAGUCGAGCGACGCUCUGAGGAUGAGAGUCUGCAUUUUAAUAAGUCUGCUCUGCACGUUUUCCUGUACAGCAUUUUCAGCGGCGAUGGAAUCGAAAUGGACUAAAAAGGAGAGCGACAGUCUUGAAUCAUUGCAAUCUCAUUGUAAUGUGACCUUAAAUAGAGCCGCUAGGUUAGCUACUAAGGAACUCGCCAAUAUGCCGUUUUAUUUAAGCUGACUUCAAGUUUAUUAAUAAAAUAAACAGGGUCUUUGGUAUAAUUUAAACAAAUUGAUAUAUAUGACAAAAUUAAAAUUGUAAAUUUAUAUUUGUUUUGACUUCAGAGGAAGUGUUUCGAAGUAUUAUGAGACUUAUAUGUUAUUUAAAAUAAGUUAUUCCAAUUGUUUAAAAGUAUUUUCAUGUUUCCGGAGUGUACUAAGUGCUAUUGGUCUAGCAUUGUACGUAUAUAUGUAUAU